AGGGAGAUUCGAAGUUAACUCUGUCAGAUAUACCUUAGUUUCGUUGUCCUCUUUCGUUGUUCUUUCUUUCAGGAGAAAAAACGUUUACGCAUGUGCACAACACAUGCGUAACCCUUUCUUCUCUGUUUUUCUCAUUCGUUAAGUUUCAAUCUUUCUACACACAUACUCUCUUAUCAAGAUCGUUUCUUUUUUCAAGAUUCAGACUUCUUCUCCCCUUGCUUCAACUGGGUUCCCUCCAAUUUCUCACAAAUCGCUAUAUUAUUUUUAUUCAAAAUCCCAAUUCCUGAACAUUUUUUUGAAUUAUUAUCCCAAGACUUUUCGUUUCUGUCAAGAAUUUUGGAGGGGGCAAGAGUUUUUUUUAUGUUUAGCGAUGAUUUCUAUGCCUUAAUUGAAUCUUAUGAUUCUUAUCAUGAGGUAUUAGCUGGUACUGUUUAAUUGGGAAGUUUAGUAUAGAUCACUGUAAAAUUCUUGGAGGGAUUAGAUUUUGUUUCUGGGUUUUGGAGAUCAAAGGUGUUUGAUCUGUUAAUUUGCAGAAAAAUUAUUGCUUUUGUUACGUAAUUGUUUGAUUAGUUUUUGGGGUUUAGAGGACUUGAAGGGUGAGUGAGGGUAUUCUUAGAUUUUGGUGGGUUGUUUGUGUAAUCAGUUGCAUUGCAAUGUCGGGUGGAACACCGACUGGGGCAGGAGGUUUUAUGAGGCAGAGACAUAGUCAGGGUUAUGCUAGUAGUGGUGAUGACUUGGAAGAUGAUGCAUGUUCGAGGCAGCGUAGUUUUCUGCCUCCGAGUCCUCCACGGAGGACGUGGGUUGAGAUGCUAGAAAAUUUUCUUUGGCUUGCUUCAGCUGUUUUUAUUCUAUACUAUGGUGAUCAGCAUUCCAAUUUCAUAUAUCUCUUGUGCCAUGACGAUCGCAUUAGAAGACUGCCUUUAUAUCUUGGGAUGAUAGGAAUUGGUUUGAACGCGUUGAUUUUCGUUUAUACAAGUAUCUUGGCUUGGAGCGUUCGGAGGUUUGAUGAAAAAUGGGGAUUAAAGAAAUGGGAAAUAACAAGCAUCACAGUGUUGCCAUUCGCCACUGUAUUUGGAAUCAUCUCUUUUUGCUUGUUCUCCUUUGCUUUGUGGCCAAUAUGGAGUUUCUUGACGAUUCCUCUUCUGUUUACACUAUUCAUGGCAUGCAUGGUAGUAAUCCCUUAUCUCAUUUUUGGGACUCUCCGGCCUCAGUCUGAUGAACUCCGUACAGAUUAAGCUUUCGCGGUUGGAGUGAGGAAUAGUACUGACUUAGAUAAAAAGUUUCUAACACACAUCAAUGAUUGAUUGGUAGCUUUGUUAUGUGGUUUGAAGUUUUGUCUCAAAUUAGCAUGAUAUGCUUUCCUAAACUGGUGCUAACAGUAAGAACUAAAAUUGUUUUGAUCCUUACAAUUACAUCAGUGUUGAGUGACGGUAACACAGCCGGUCUUAGUUGCUACAGGUAGAGAUAUAGGACUUGUUUGUUGGUAGGUAAAAGUGUUCAGCUCUAUCAAUUGUGGAUGCCUUCAGUUUGAUGAUACCAUAACAGCAUUUAUACAUUUUCGGUUUUGUGUGUCUAUUUAAAGCUGUCUGCAAACUUUUUGUCUAAUGUCUGUUUGACUGCAUCUCAAGGCAUAAUUGUGUUUCAAAAGAAUUUGAUAGAAAAUAUAUUGUGUUUUAAUUAUGCACCAAAA